AUGAAUCAUAAUAAGCUGUACACCUACAAGGGCGGCCCAAGGUCGAUUGGUAUUCUUGCAGUAGCGCAUGCCAUAGACUUCGAUAUUGAAGUAGUAGAGACCAAUCCACAAGUUGGACUGUCCGAAGAAUACCUCAAGCUGAACAAGCUCGGCAAGACGCCAACUUUUGUCGGCUCUGAUGGCACGGUAUUGACCGAAUGCAUGGCUAUUGCACUUCAUGUGGCUAGUCAAGAUCCUGAAUCAAAAAUGCUCGGACCUACUCACAUGGACUUCAUCCACAUCGUCAGCUGGAUGUCACUCUGCAAUACCGACGUCGUAAAGCGGAUGGCAGCUUGGAUUAUGCCCUUGUUUGGCGUAGCGCCUUACUCGCCAGAAGGCGUUGAGAUGGCCAAGAAGCAGACUGCCCAAGUCAUCCAAAUCCUCGAAGACCAUCUACAGGACCGAAGAUAUCUUGUAGCAGACUGUUUGACACUAGCUGACCCCUUUUGCGCCGGCCUCGUCAGCUUUGGCUUCGCGAACGUGUUUGAUAAGGAAUGGAGAGCACACUUCCCGUGCUUCACGGCUUGGUACGAGAUGGUGACAUCUUUGGCCAUGUAUCGAGCGGUGAUGCCCAACACCGUCAUGGCAGAGACUGCUCUAGGACCGCCGAAGCCCUCGAUGAGAAGUGACUUCACCGCCGACGACUGA